UAUAAAUUUUCGAAUAGAUUAAUUAGAAAAUUUAUACAAAACUGUGCAGAAAAGUAUGGUACCCAAUUGAAAUAUGAAGAAAAAACGAUUUAAAUGAUAUCAAUUAUUAAAAAAAAUUUACGGAUUGUCUUUUAUGUUUUUGUAUUGGAUAGAAUUGCUGCAGAUGUUUCAACAAAUUUGGCAUGGAAUAAGAAUUUGUGGCGACAGGAACAUUUACAAUCGAUUUGUAAUCUUGUUGCAAGUGGUAUACAAGAAUUUCCACCAAUUUCUGAAUUAAACCAUUUAUUGGUUGAUCAUAAACAUAAAGUUUUAUAUUGUUAUGUACCAAAGGUAGCUUGUACGAAUUGGAAACGAAUAUUAAUGAUACUAUCCGGUAAAUGGAACAAUACCAAUUUAUUAUCAAUACCGGGUGAUACUGCACAUGCAUCAACAUCAGUGACUAAAUUAUCAGACUUGUCAGAUAAUGAAGUGCAUUAUUGUUUGAAUAAUUAUACAAAAUUUUUAAUUGUUCGUCAUCCAUUUGAGCGGCUAUUGUCAGCUUAUAGAAAUAAAUUGGAGGGUCAUAAACAAUCAAAUUCCAAAUAUUUUCAACAACGCGUUGGUAAAUAUAUCAUAAAACAUUAUCGCAAUGAUGCUAAUGAGACGUCCUUGAAGAAUGGCGAUGAUGUAACUUUUGCCGAAUUUGUAAAAUAUGUGAUUGCUGAAGGAAACGAUAACAGAGAUCAAAAUGAACACUGGAAACCAAUUUCACAAAUGUGUCAUCCGUGUGCAUUAACAUAUGAUGUUAUAGGUAAAUAUGAAAGUCUAGUCGAUGAUUCAGAUAUGAUACUUGCAAUGGUGAAUGCUACAUUUUUAAAUUUUCCGGUAACCAAAACCGCAGAAACCUCAAAAAAAUUGAAGCACUAUUUUAGACAAUUAUCUUUAGCAAAUAUAGAACAAUUGUAUAAUUUGUAUAAAAAUGAUUUUCAACUUUUUGAUUACAAUUUAGAAAAUAUUAUAGGUUAUGAUAUUGGUUAA